AUGGCUGUGUCAGGUGUGUGGUCUGUCGUGUUGUGUUGUUGUACCUUCAGAUACUACUACGCUCCUGACGCCGCUGCCUCCCUCGACCCUAUGCGGCCGACGCCGGCGCUCGCCGCCGGCCGACGCACGGUCGCAAGCUUCCUAUCCUCCACGGAAUGGAUGCUUCCGUCUCCGGCCACCCGAGUCCACACCAUCUCCGUCCUUCCCUCUCGUCCCGAGUUCACCUUCUCCAACCUCACGCCGCCGCUCAGGAAUGGCGGCGGCAACGGGGGAGAGACUGGCAAUCCUAGGUUCCAGAUAGUACGGGACGACCUCCUCCACCCGCUCGCCAACGGCAACAAGGCGCGCAAGUUCGACGCCCUCCUGCCCGUCCUCCGCCACUGCGGCGCUACUGACAUCGUUACAUGUGGGGGUUGCCAGAGCGCCCAUGCCGCAGCCGUCGCGGUUCAUUGUGCCGAAUGGGGAAUCAGGCCACAUAUACUGCUGAGAGGCGAGCAACUGGAUGUUCCCACAGGGUAUAAUCUGAUCUCAUUGAUGUUUGGCAAUGUGACAUAUGCCUCUCGGUCUUUGUAUGCCCAAAGAGAUGAGAUGCUUUAUGAGCAUGCCAUAAAGGUUGCAGGAUCUAGUGGCACAGUGAUGUGGGCAGAUGAAGUUAUAGGAAAGGAUUUGGGUGUAGACACCAUUGAUGGAAAUGGUUCAAGAAGAGUAAUGAUUGUUAAGGAAGGGGCAGGUAGUGUUCAAGCACUGCUUGGUGUCAUGCGGCUACUGGAGUAUCUUUCUGGUUUGACAUUGUUUGGAAAGGAUGAGAAAGUUCAUAUGGUUGUAGAUUCUGGAACAGGCACAACAGCUGUGGGGUUAGCUCUUGGAGCGGUAUGUCUAGGACUCCCGUGGAGGGUUACCGGUGUUAUGCUUGCUGACACACUUGAAAGAUAUAAACAACGAGAGAGAUCUCUUGUAUCUGAUUUUGAGAAGGUUUUCCCAGAAAUCUACCAUGGAAUGGUGGAAGAUGCUACUCAUGACAAUCUAGUUCAAUGGGUGGAGCGCUUUUCACCUAGAAGAUUUGGCAAGGUGCUGGAUGGUGAAAUCGCAAUGUGCCGCCAGGUAGCUCAACAGACAGGUAUCCUGCUGGAUCCGAUGUACACCUUGGCUUCCUGGGAGCAAGCUGUUGAUCUUUGCUGUGGAGACAGUGAAGACAAGGUCUUGAUGAUCCAUACGGGUGGCACCCUUGGCCUUUUUGGAUUGGCACAAAGGUAUUCACCACAGUUCACCACAGGCGAACAAUCUUAA